AUGUUGAACAGAGCCUUGAAUCGCAUUGUUUUUGCUGAAAAACAGUUACAGCUGCCCGGCAUAGACCGAAGCCUUCAUGGUGUGUUGUUUGGAUCUUCCUCCCUCUAUUCCUCUGAACUUGGCUCUCAUGCUAUCUGUGUGCAGGACCAAAGUCUGCAUCUUCUGAGCCAAGAGCUGGCCCAUCAACAGGGCCUCAUUGCGCACUUGCGCAGAGAGGUUGACAGCUGUAGAGAAGAGGUUGGUGCCCUUCGUGACUGUCUCUCCAGCAAUGGCACAGUGGACAGUGUGCGAUUUCUGGUGCAUCUGCAUCGGCGCCGCUUCGACCAAGCAUGUGCGGUCUAUGGUCUUGGCCCUUGCGCGCCGCUGGAUGCCGUGAUCGACAUCCGGGCAGUUGCCUACGCCAUUGGCAGCUUUGCCGGGUACUCCGCGAUGCGUGCUCUGCGCGAGGUGUGUCAAGCUGCACGAUCAGCAGCUGCGGAUAUCCUGGACCCUCUUUGCCCAGGUCACCUGUACCUGUGCGGUGGCUUCGAAGGAGCUCUGGCUUUGAGCUCCGUGGAGAGACUGGAUCCGCAUGCUGGGGUCUGGGAGGUGCUCCCGCCCAUGACAGAGGCUCGGCAGUACACCUGUGCAGGAGUAAUGGCCGGCAAGAUUUACGUCUGUGGCGGUUGGGCUGGACCCCAACCUGUCCGAAGUGUGGAGUGCUUUGACCCCGAUUACUCGAGGUGGUCGCCCAUGCCGCCGAUGAUAGUAGCCAGGUGGGGAGCUGGAGCAGACGGUCGCCUUUCGCACCCCAUGGCGUGCCACCAGGAACAGAUUCAACAGUCCCAGUCGCGAGCGUAUGCCAUUUUGGAUGCGCAGGCCAACUUGGUUGCCGAGCGAGAGCUUCUCAAGAAGUCCUUCGAUAUGGCUCAGCAGACGGCCGCAGACCAGCAGCUGCGGUCCCAAGCGGCUGCCAUGGCCAUCUCAAGAACUCUCGAGGAGCAGCAGUCCUUGCAAAAAGAGCUGGCUUCGACUCGCGCCUCUCUGUAUCAGUUGAGGAGUACAUCCAUGGAGCUGCAAGCUAGCCGCAUGCGAUGUUCCAAGCAAGCUGAAGAGCUCGCACAAACGGCUUCUGUGCAAGAGAUGAUGUGCAGACAGGACCUCGUGCGCCUGGAGGCAUACUUGCAUGAUGCCUCUGUGCACAACAUCGGCAGAAAAUCAGCCGUGGAAGCCAAGAGUGUGAUCAACAAACGACUCUUCAUAUGCGGUGGCCUGGAUGAGAACAGGCAGCCUUUGAACUCGGUCGAGUGCUUCACUCCGCCAGGAGUUCCGAUGCAGCUCCUGCACGUCACUCCACGGGCGCAGCAGACGUCAACCGGCAGCUGGCAGGCAGUCUCUUCAAUGGCAGAGAGACGUGGGUGGCCCGCAGCUGUGUCGCUGCAAGGACUACUCUAUGUCUGCGGUGGCCGAGAUGAACAGAGGGAGCCGCUGAGCAGCGUGGAGAGACUGAAUCAUCCACCGAGCAUUUGGCUUCCGCUUCCGCCGCUGUCUAGUCAGCGAGCAGGCGCAUCAGCUGCAGCCUGUGGUGGCAGGCUCUACGUAUGUGGAGGAGCAUUUGGCGCCCAGAUGCUCAACUCGGUGGAGCGCUACGACCCCAAGGUUGGCACCUGGGAAACACUGGCACCGAUGUUGAAACGUCGCGCCUACGUUGCGGCCGCUGGUAUUGCUGGUCGAAUACAUGUUUUUGGUGGCAGCGACGGUGGGCAGUGCCUUGAGACGGCAGAGCGCUUUGAUCCCGCUCUUGGCACAUGGAUAGAGCUGCCGAAUAUGACAGACAGGAGAUCUGGGGCCGCCUCGGUCGCUUUACUCAUCUGA